AGUCUCUCUUUGUUUGUUAGUGUGUGUGUGUGAGAGAGAGAGAUAGAGAGAAAGAGAGAGAAAGAGAAGAGAUGCUUUGUUAGGUUAAGAAGAGAGUGGUGGGAGUGGAUUCCCCGAGUCAUUGGAAGUCUCAUAUCCUGUAUCAUCACGGUAAAUGCUGUUUGAUUGACCAAGAUUUUCAGCCUUCUCAAGUGUAUAGCUUCUGAAAGUUACCACAUCACCUAGAUGGAUCAGUACGAAAAGGUUGAAAAAAUUGGUGAAGGAACAUAUGGCGUGGUUUACAAGGCUCGAGACCGGACAACUAAUGAAACUAUAGCUUUGAAGAAAAUCCGUUUGGAGCAAGAAGAUGAAGGUGUACCAAGCACAGCUAUUAGAGAAAUUUCAUUAUUGAAAGAGAUGCAACAUGGAAACAUAGUGAGGUUGCAGGAUGUAGUACACAGUGAGAGGCGUUUGUAUCUGGUCUUUGAGUAUCUUGAUUUGGAUUUGAAGAAACACAUGGAUACAUGCCCGGAGUUCUACAAGGAUCCAUCUCAUGUGAAAAGGUUUCUCUAUCAAAUUCUCCGUGGAAUAACUUAUUGUCAUUCGCAUAGAGUCCUUCAUCGAGAUUUGAAACCUCAAAAUCUGUUGAUAGAUCGUCGUACAAAUGCACUAAAGCUUGCAGACUUUGGUCUUGCCAGAGCAUUUGGUAUUCCUGUGAAGACAUUUACACAUGAGGUUGUGACUCUUUGGUAUAGAGCACCAGAAAUACUCCUAGGAUCGCGUCAUUACUCAACUCCAGUUGAUGUGUGGUCAGUAGGUUGUAUAUUUGCUGAGAUGGUGAAUCGUCAGCCUUUGUUUCCUGGAGACUCUGAAAUUGAUGAACUGUUCAAAAUUUUCAGAGUUAUGGGAACUCCAAACGAGGAUACCUGGCCUGGAGUGACGUCUUUGCCUGAUUUUAAAUCGGCCUUCCCCAAGUGGCCUGCCAAGGACUUGGUAACUGUGGUUCCGAAUCUUAAUGCACCUGGCAUUGAUCUACUUUAUAAAAUGCUGCGUUUGGAUCCGACAAGAAGAAUAACAGCUAGAGCUGCUCUGGAGCAUGAAUAUUUCAAGGAUAUCGGGUUUGUUCCUUAAAUGUGAAGUUGUUGAAGAUAUUUUCAUGGUGGUGAAAGUAUAUAUAUAUAUAUAUAAUAUAUAUAUAUAUUAUAUGGGUGGAUGGAUGGAAGGAUGAAUGGGGAUGAAUACGCGGGCUGUGCUUAAUAUGGGAUGGUAUUUUCUCGAAAUGUGUGUUUUCUUAUUUGUUUUACGUAUUCUUGUUAUUGGCAAUUGUCAUUAUUGAAAUGAUGACCUUUGGAGUCAUUGAAUUUUCUUGUGGUGUAUUGUCUUUAUGGGGCAAACUAAACCUUGCAGCAGCAGCAGCAGCUUGCUGUGGUCUUUGUUUUAAUGUUUGAGAUAAUAGAGAGAGUGUGUUUCUUCGUUUCUUUCUUUGUUUGAUUUGACUUUGUUGUUGUGAACAGCUAGCUAGCUUCAUAUUGAGAUUGCUCUUUUUAUUAUUGUGGCAGAAAUUCUGUUU